UUGAACGCUCCUCCUAACACAAUUCAGAAAAAACAUUCAGCAUGUAAACAAGGAUUUUAUUGUAUGUAGAUAGCAUUUCUCUACUAUUUGUUCAAUACACACGAUGACAAUCAAUGCCUUUUUUAUUCGAGAGAGGAUCCAGCCUGCACAUGUGAAGAUUAGAUGCAGUUGAUGAAGACUGUGUUACUCUCUCUAUUCUUCUAUUUUAUUUCCGAACAUGUCUGUAGUGGUUGUGGGAAUUUUUCUAUCCAAAAUGUGAACUUUAUUGCCAAAAACUUUGAGUAUAUUCUCAAAUGGGAGAACAAAGGACUGGAACCAAAUGUGACUUUCAGCAUUGAAUAUAAAAGAUAUGGAACUAAACAAUGGAUUGUAAAGCAAGAAUGUCAAAAUAUCACCAGACUUUACUGCAACCUCACAGAUGAGAUCAUGAGUGAUGAGGAUAUGUUCAAGGAACAAUAUCUGGGCCAGGUUAGAGCAUGGUCUACAAACUGCUCUUUGGACUGGGUAGUGUCAAAGAGGAUGAGCCCAAUAGAUGACACAUACAUUGAUAAUAUAGAACUAACCAUCAUUGAAGGUAUCCGCUCGGUAACAAUCUUCGUUCAAGUUCCCACCAUACCAAUGAAUACUGAAGUGAUGAGCAUUGAACAACUCUACAGCAAUGGCUUGUUUGCCUAUUACAUGAGCUUCAGCAGUAUGAAGGAACAAGUCAUAUGGCAGAAAAUCCAGACAAAACAUACAUUUAACAUUACGGGCUUGAAUCCUGGUACUACGUAUAAUGGAAGUGUGUACAUUAUGAUCCACAAUGAAAGAAAAAGUGACAUUAAGCAAUUUUUUGUCAAAACUCUUCCAGAUCCCUCAAUGGUUGGACUCGUUGUGAUCUUACUUGCAGUUUCUGCUGGUCUGUUCUUUGGAGUAUUACUAUGGCUAACUUAUAGAUAUGUGAAACAACAAGGUCCGACACCAAGUGCUUUGGACUUUGGAAAACCUUUGUUCUUUCAAGCAAUACAUUUAACAAAGGAGAAGGUGAAUAGUUUAUAUGCAAUUCCAGCAGUAUCUGUCCAAUUUAAGGAACAAUGGUUUGACAAACUUAAGGACAUGCCCACCAACAGAGGGCCAGCUCUUUACAGUGCUCAGUUUGAAAACCCAUCCACAAGUGAACAAACAGAUGCCCUGCUUCAUAAACCAACCUCAUAUAUUUCUCAACAAGAACAGCCUGUAAAGAUAAACAGCAAGACCGACUCAUCAGAUGAUUAUGGGAUUAUUGAGGACAGGACAGUUUAUACAAAACCUAUAUUAGUCGAAGGCACAGCUUUUGUGAAGCAGUCCUACCUCCAUCAAAUGGACAGGCACUCAAACUUUGACCACCUAGAAGAAACUCUUCUGAAUAAUGAUGAUGAGACCAUGGAACAUAUUUGUCCACUCAUAUCGGAGUUGGAGGGUAGUGUGUUCCACCUGCUAUCGAAGAACAUGGACACGUGCGGACCUCAAGCAUUGCUAUCCUCUGUUAAAGUCUAUGGCACAGUGGAACAAAAAGAGGAACAGAUAGUAGACUUUCUUUCAGAAAUCAGAAAAUUUGAUGAACGGUUUUAUAUUAAAACAGAAGAACAAGUAUUUGAAGAUUAUACGUUGGAAUAUGUAGGAAAACCCAACAACACUUUUCAAACUCCUCUUAAUUACACAAGAAAAAAUGGGUUGGAAAGUACAUGUGAAUGCCAUCAACCUUACAAAUUACAGCACUGAUAUAAAUCUGGUUAUGAUGUUGUUUCAUAAAAAACUACUAUCAUAAAUAAAUACUAUGCAUAAUACAAUGUACAAAAUGUUAUGUAAUUGUAUAUUUCGAAUAUGUGAUCUGUAGUGUCUUAAACAUUUUCAUUUGACCUCCAUUAUUUUU